AUUCGUAUUAUGUGUGCUAUUAUUUGUAAAACUAUCAUCAAAGAAGACACUCGACUACACCUUGCAGAAUGACUCGAAUUUUUAUUUUAGUUCUUCUUCUGUCUUUGGUGACUGAUAGCGCUUUUGGUUCUAUCGAUCAGCUAAUACGAAGCAUUUCCAAUGCAUUUGGAGGGGGUGCUGGCGUGGGUAUAAAUGCUAAUGUCCCAGGAUCCGGAUUUGGAAUAAGAACACCUAAUGGUCAAUUAUCUGUUGGAUAUGGCUUUGGUCGAUGA